AUGUCUACACAGACAAACGCACCGAUCCCAAACAUCCCUGCCGACGCUCAACAGCAGGCGCACUCGAUCACGCUCGCAGACGUGGACGACCAGCUACGGUCGCUUCAACAUCACCAGUUGCCUCCCGUGCCUUCGCAGAAUUAUUACGGGCAACAGUACUACCCAUACAUCCCAGACAGCCAGCUGGGGUCUGACGGACAGCCGCAGCCGGGAGCACGCAAGCGGUCGCGGUCGGUCUCGUCCCCGGACAUGGUGAAGAAAUGUUCCCGAUGUCGGGUCAAAAGAGUCAACGAGGACCCCGACAUGCUUGUGCGGUACCAGACCUGUGUCAACUGCCGGAACAAGCGCAAAGUGAAGGAGAAAAAAGUGCGCUCAUUGUCAAAACUGCCGAACUUAUCCGACGAUUGGGCCCAGUAUCAGCACAAGGUGAGUUUGAACUCGCAAAUCGACCUGUACCAGCACAAUUAUCGGAACUACACAGACAAGGACCUUUUUCCUCGGUACCAAAAGGAGGAGCUGACCGAGGACAUUGUUAAGGAGAUGUCCGAGCUGGUGGUCAACCAGUACAUUGUGCCCUUGCAGAUGCUGACCGGGUUCAAGUUUGCGAUCCGGGACCACCACAAGCCGAAUUUAUCGGACACCAACCCUAAUAAAAGCAAGAAAAUUACAUGGAUGUACAUCUGUUCGCAGGACAAGUACCGACAACGGAAAAGCCGGAGCGAAAACAAGCGGCAGGUGAUCAAUAAGCUCAAGACGGAAGAGUGCGACUCGAAGAUCACGCUCAACUACGACCUGGUGACCGGUGUUGUGCAGCUGAGCUACAACCACAAACACCACCAGCCGUUGAACUGGCGCAAGGACGGGUCCGAGGAGAUUCCGUUCCAGCUGGGCGAGGUGGGCGAGCAGCGCAAGUACCACGAGUUGCAGGCCAAGGAGAGCGACGUGAACGAGCUGAGCAAGCUGCUCAAGCAGGAACCGCUGGACACGAACGAGAUUGUGGAGCUGGCGACGCGGGCGGCGCAGACGGAGUCGAGCUCAGGGCAGAACCAGCAGGAACAGCUCUACGACAUUGCGCUGCUGCACCAACACCAACAACUGCAAUACCAGUACCGGGGGGACGAUAACGUGGACGAGAUGCUUCGCUAG